AUGAGCGUUACUCCACCGUUAUCCACGGUGAAAAAUCUUAUUCGUCAGAUUACUGGCGAAAAGGAAGGCGGCAGUCGUGAGAAGCGAAUUGUUGCAUGCGAUCGGUUAUGCACCUUAUUAAUGUCUCGUGAUAUCACUUGGGAAGCAAAUUUUAAAUGGAAUCUUGUCCUUGAAGAUCUUUUUACGAUUUUUUCAACACGUGCUGAAAGAAAUUUCAAAAAGGCUGUAGUAAAGUGUGUCGCUUCGGUUGGAUUUGCUAUGCAUUCACAAUACGAUCAAUAUAUCGAAAUUCUACUGAAAGCAAAUAAAAAAGCGAUUGAACUGGAUGGUGAAAGUCAUAGUGAGAAAGAAAGAAUAUUGAUAUUACGUUCUUUAUCAAAUUCGCUUAGACUUAUUGGUUCCAAUUCUUACGAAUCUCGAAUUCAUCCUCGAGUCAUCGAAGAUUUAAUGACGCAUAUAAAUGAUUAUUUGAAUACUAAUAGUUCACCAUCAGUACUUUUGCCGUUGUUAGACAUUUGUCAGAUGGUCGCAAAUUUUUUUUCAUCUCUGUUCAAAAAAAACUUUGACGACGUUGUUGAUUUUACGAUUGGUUGGUAUGUUGAACCUAACCAACCAAAAGGAGUUAUAAAGAAAUGUCGUAAAUUGCUUAUUGAUUUAAAACCAUUUUGGCUGGAAGUUAUUCCUAACGCUAUUAAUUUCAUGAAUCAGUUUCUAGAUGACACCGAUUCACAUAUUAAGGACCUAUAUAAUGAAAAUCAAGAUUCUGAAAUUGCUGUGGAAAAAAUAUGUCUUUUGCUGCAAGCGUUGGCUACUAUUUUAAAUAUUGUUAAUAGUGAACCAUUAAAUCCUUCUGUUGUUUCAUUCACUAAGCAGAUUUUUGUUCGAGUUUGCAAACAGUUAGAACUGAUUUAUACUAUUGAAAUUGCUGAUAUAAAUUACAUAUUUCUUUUUAUGAAAGAAGUUCUAUGGUUUGCUCUACAAAUAUCUUCAUCAUUGGAUACUUUAACAAUUUCUGCAACUAUGAUUAUUCGAAUGGCUGCUCAUCCAGCUGCUGACAGAUUAAUCAAUAUUUCCCUGAUUUCAUUUUUUGAAAAGGUGCUUGAAAAACUUCCUGCAGAAUAUCUUACCCAAAUAUUUCAUUUUAUAUUAGAUGAUCAAAAUAUUCAUACGAAUAUGGAGCUUGUUUCAGUAAAGAAUGCGCGAGCGAUGAGCGAUUUUUAUAGUAGAUUACUUUUGCCUAAAUCAUUGAAUACUUUACAAAUGGCAUACAAAUGCGUUACAAACCUAUUAUUAGGAUCAAUAUCCAUUUUAAAAAACUAUGACUGUAAAGAAAUAAACUACCGUGCUUUGCGUCAUGAAGAGAAGUGCUUUCUACUUCUGUUGAAGGCUUUUACCGAUUUGGCAGUUAUAAAAAAUUCCUUCAUAGCAAUGAUGGGACUUUCACCGAGUUUAUUCACAUUUUUAAUGGUCGAUCUGCCCAUUGCAGAAAAGUGGUUCAUAAAUCGACAUCCAGUUUGUCAUUUCGGCCUACUUUAUUUGGCCAAACUUCAUUCAGAAAAGCAAGUUAAAUCAUUAACUAUUUUUUUUCUUCAGUUGUGGAAUAGACUAUAG